AUGUUGCAACAUUAUCACAUUAUCCCGGUAGGGGGAAAACAAUAAGCGAAGCCAAUAGUAUAUAUAAAUAAGAAAAGAUGCCACUUUAUAGAGACAUCCCCGUUGUUUAAUUUGGUUAGUGUCGCUGUGUGUGUGCAGUGCGAUGGAUUGGUUAAGGAUAGGAGUUAUAAUCAGUUUAGUAUGUGGGAUUUAUACAGCACCUCAGGGUCCGACUGCGGAGCCAAUAAAGAUCAUCAGUCAAACAAAUGAAAUAUCUCCGGAGGGAAAUUAUGAAUGGAGUUUUGAAACGGCCAAUGGAAUAAAAGCAGAAGAGAAAGGGACGUUGAAGAAGACCAACGACCCUGAAAAUCCCGAAGCAAUUGUAGCGCAGGGACAAGUUUCCUAUACGGACAAUGAGGGAAAUCAAAUUUCUCUGACAUAUACCGCUGAUGAUGAAGGAGGUUUUCAGCCCCAGGGUAGCCAUUUACCAACACCUCCUCCUAUCCCUCCGAACAUACAAAGGGCUCUUGACUGGAUUGCUCAACAACCAUCAACCACAGAACGUGCUGGAAGACGUAGACGCGCUGUAAGGCUCAGAAGAAUGUAUUGAAGAUUAACAGAAGAGUCAAGAUAAUAUUUUUUCUAAACUAAUUGAAAUUAGGACUCGGCAAAUGGUAUAUGAAGUCGAAAAAACAUGUUCUCAAAUUUACCUUCUUUCUGAUAAUGUGUUCUUCUGUGAUAAUCGAUCUUGUUGAACUGCAAAUAUGUAAAUGUAUAUACGUGUAACUUAAUGCGAUUACGGCCUAAGAUUUUUGUGUAUGGACUUCCAAUGGCAAUGAUUAUUUAUUAAAUGUAUACUUAUCUUCGUGGUUAUUGUAACAAAAAAAAAAGAAUAAAUGCUUUACAGUCUGCAAUUAA